ACUCUUACCCCUGAUGAUACUAAUGAUAAUAAUUUUCCUGCUGCUUCUGUUCUGGGAAAAUGAGAUAUAUGAGGAAGAAGUGGCAUCAACCAUAGAGCACCUGCAUGUGGACUACCCUCAGAAUGACAUUCCUGUAAGGUACUGCAACCACAUGAUCCUCCAAAGAAUCAUCAAGGAACCCGACAACAUCUGCAAAAAGGAGCAUGUCUUCAUCCAUGAGAGGCCUCAAAAAAUCAAUAAUGUUUGCACGUCCCCCAAGAAGAUGGCUUGCCUAAACCAUUCCACAAUUUUAUGCUUUCAGAGUGAAACAAGGUUCAAAAUGACAGUCUGUAAGCUCAUUGAAGGUAUCAAAUAUCCUGCCUGCAGGUACCACAUUUCCCCCAUAGAGGGGUUUAUUCUUGUCACUUGUGAUGACAUGAGGCCAGUUAAUUUCCGGAGAUAUAUUGAAUAACUUGAGACCAGCG